UUACACAAUUAGAACAACUUCUUGCUUUGUAUCCCGGUGAAUAGCCAUUGGGUCGGAAAACUUGACCACCUGACGAUUAAUCUGAGACAGAACCAAUAGUCUCCUGAGACGCUAUGUUCCCGGAAAUACUUGUUCUUUUUAUGUCUCUGUUGAACACGUCAACCUGCGCUCCAAGUAUUGCAGUCCAUAGGAAUGACUCAGAUGGUCCACGCUGUUACUCCUGUGCAAGUGUGGAGGAACCGUAUCUGUGUAACGUGACCACACAGUGUGGACAUGAUGAGCAAUGUUACACAGAUGAAUAUGCAACAAGCCCUGGAUCGAGUAUUUUCAACGUCGGAUGUCGAAGGAUUUCAGAAUGUUACUCGGCAAUCGUACGGAGAUCAGUCUCAAGAAGGAGUGACGAAGACCGACUCAAGUGUGAGGAGUGUUGCCAUGGCAACCUGUGUAACAAUGGCGGCUGCAGUUCAGGGCCUCCCAGAGGCAACGUGUGCUACAAAUGCAGCUUCAUAAAUGACCCACGACGUUGCGAACAUGAGUCCAGAUGCCUCGCCGAUGAGCAAUGUUUUAUAGAGAAGGUGCUGACACAGAACUUUCGCGUCAAGUAUAGUCUUGGGUGUGUCGACAACGUGGAAUGUGAGACUCUACAUCACUUUGGACGGGCUGUAAGGAAACGGGAAACAGUGCUCUCCACCAUGUGUGCCAGCUGUUGCCAUGGAGAUAAAUGCAACUAUGUAUGUUCCCCUCCAGGUUUGGAACCUGAUACACUUCAAGCAUCUUUAGAAACUACCCAUAGUUCAUUGGAAAGUACGAGUCCGUCUCUGACGGAUAACGGGUUCUUCAGUGAUACAACAAGCGGAAUGCCUUAUACAAGUCCGUCAAUGAAUGAAUAUACAACCACCAGUGAUACAACAAGCGGAAUGCCUUAUACAAGUCCGUCAAUGAUUGAAUAUACAACCACCAAUGAUACAACAAGCGGAAUGCCUUAUACAAGUCCGUCAAUGAUUGAAUAUACAACCACCAGUGAUACAACAAGCGGAAUGCCUUAUACAAGUCCGUCAAUGAUUGAAUAUACAACUAGUGGGAUGCCAUAUUCACGUCCUCCAGUGUCUCAAGAUACAAUUUCAGUUGAUACAACUAGCGAUAUAAAAUAUACAAGUCCUUCGAGAUCUGAAGAUACAACCGUCGUUGAUACAACAAGUGAGGUACCAUACACAAGUUCUUCAAUGACUAAAGAUACAAGCUUCUUUGAUACAACGAGUGAAAUAUCGCAUACAAGUCCUUCAAUGACUAAAGAUACAACCUUCGUGGAUGCAACAAGUGACAUGCCACAUACAAGUUCUUCAAUGACUAAAGAUACAACUUUCAUUGAUACAACAAGUGACAUACCAUAUAUAAGCCCUUUAGUGACUAAAGGCACAACCUUUAUGGAUACAAGUGAUAUAACAUAUACAAAUCCUUUAUUGACUAAAGAUACAACAUUUAUUGAUACAACGAGUGAAAUAGCAUAUACAAGUCCUUUAUUGACUAAAGAUACAACAUUUAUUGAUACAACGAGUGAAAUAGCAUAUACAAAUCCUUUAUUGACUAAAGAUACAACAUUUAUUGAUACAACGAGUGAAAUAGCAUAUACAAGUCCUUCAAUGACUGAAGCUACAACCUCAAUUGAUACAACGAGUGAAAUAGUAUAUACAAGUCCUUCAAUGACUGAAGAUAUAACCAUCAAUUGA